UGUGUGACGUCACGGAGCAGGGGGUUCCAGGCUCUGCUGGUUAGGCGGCUGGGGAUGUUGAUGCUGCCGCAUUCUCCGCACUGGAGAAGCGGGAGGAUGUCAGUCCGGCGGCCGGGGAUGUUCAGCUCUGCGCAGUGACUAAGGAGCCGGGGAUGGCUGAAUCACCAGCGGCUGCACGGACGCCGAGCCCGGCCAGUGGAAGCAGCGGAGCGGGGACUGGGAGCAUUGCGGCACCAAAGGAGCGGGAGUCGUUGUCUCUGGAGGAGAUCUUGGAUUUAUAUAACCAGCCCAUCAAUGAGGAGCAGGCGUGGGCAGUGUGCUACCAGUGCUGUGCGGCGCUGCCUGCGGGGGGCACCAAGAUAAAGGGGGCCUCGGAGAUCCGCAUCCGAAGGGAUGGAGCUGUCACAGUCACCCACAGCUCCGGGCCAGAUGGUUCAAGUGAUGCAAGAUGUACAGAGACAGAGGUUAUUGUAUCGCUUGGAAUUAUAAUCUACAAAGCACUUGACUAUGGCUUGAAAGACAAUGAGGAGAGGGAGCUUAGUCCUCCUCUGGAACAGCUCAUAGAUAACAUGACUAACGUGGAUGAACCUGAUGGCAGUAACGAUGAAGGAUAUGAUGCUUUGGAUGAAGAAGAAGAUGCCUGUGAAAAGAAGACACCAGCAUUUCGACAUUCCUACAAGAAUGUAAUGAAGGUGUGUGCCUCCCAUCUGCCAGCUCCAUCCGAAGCCCCCAAUCACUACCAGGCAGUAUGCCGGGCACUGUAUGCAGAAACCAUGGAGUUACACAUGUUCCUGUCAAAAAUUAAAAGUGCUAAAGAGAGUUUAAAGAAGAUUCAAGAGAUGGAAAAAGACUCCAGGACGGACCUUGAUGAUUUGCAAAAUUCAGAUUGGGCCAGAUUUUGGGUCCAGGUAAUGCGUGACCUCCGAAAUGGAGUCAAACUGAAGAAAGUACAAGAGCGUCAGUACAACAUGUUGCCUAUUGAGUUCCAGCUGACUCCAUAUGAGAUGCUAAUGGAUGACAUCCGAUUCAAACGUUACACCUUGAGGAAGGUGAUGGUUCAGGGUGACAUCCCUCCACGAUUAAAGAAGAGUGCUCAUGAAAUAAUCCUGGAUUUUAUACGGUCCAGACCUCCGUUAAAUCCUGUAUCUGCACGGAAACUGAAACCUACCCCACCUCGUCCGCAAAGUCUGCAUGAACGGAUACUGGAGGAGAUUAAAUCUGAAAGGAAGCUUCGCCCCGUGUCUCCCGAUGAAAUUAGGCAUAGCCGGCUAAAUGUUUCAACUCCAGAAGUAUUAAGGAGGCAGUCGAACCGCACAGUGUUAAAUGGAGAUGUAGUGGAGCGAUCCAGAGUGGACGGAAGACCCAUGCAAAUUCAGCGGAAGAGGCUGUUAAAAGCCCCGACCCUUGCAGAGUUGGACAGCUCAGAAUCAGAGGAGGAUACGGUGCAGAAGUCCUCAAGCAGCAGUAGUGUGUCCAACUCCCAGCCUGAAGAUGUAUCUCCAGGAACUGCUGCUGGGAGGAAAACACCUCCAAGGUUUUUACCGAUCUCCUCUACACCUCAGCCUGAGAGACGGCAAACUCCACAGAGGCGCCACUCUAUAGAGAAGGAGACACCUACCAAUGUGCGGCAUUUUCUUCCUCCAACCCGACAAAGCUCCAGAUCUUUGGUUCCUAGGAUAACCAGUUUCUUUCCAAGGAUGGCUUUGCGACCAUUUUCCAGCAUACACACAGCUUCUUUGUUGGGGUCUCAUCCUUUUGAAGCAGCCAUUUUUGGGGCGGCAGGGGCUAUGUUUUAUCUGUUUGAGAAAGCUUAUGCCAGCAGGUGGAGAGCACCCCAGGAGGAGUUUUGUUACCCUGUAGAAUGUCUGGCUCUUACUGUAGAGGAGGUGAUGCACAUACGUCAAGUCCUGGUGAAGGCCGAGCUGGAGAAGUAUCAGCAGUAUAAAGAUGUCUACAGUGCGCUGAAGAAAGGAAAACUUUGUUUAUGUUGCCGAACAAAGAGGUUUUCCCUAUUUACGUGGUCGUACACUUGUCAGUUUUGUAAACGACCGGUGUGUUCUCAGUGUUGCAAAAAGAUGAGAUUACCUUCCAAGCCAUACUCUACCCUCCCGAUCUUCUCCUUGGGACCUUCUGCCUUGCAGAGAGGGGACAGCUUCCUGAGGCCUGAAAAGCCUUCCACCAGUCAUCACCGCCCUCUGCGUUCUUUACCCAAGUUGACCUCCAAGUCAAAGUCUGUUGACAAAUCAGAUGAUGAACUUCAGUUUCCAAAAGAGCUUAUGGAGGAUUGGAGCACCAUGGAAGUGUGCGUGGACUGCAAAAAGUUUAUCUCGGAUAUCAUUAGUUCUAGCCGCCGCAGCUUGACACUUGCUAACAAGAGGGCUCGCUUAAAACGGAAGACGCAGUCUCUUUACUUGUCGUCUACUUCCGGGACUUCAGAAUUCCGCCCCACGGAGAGAACAAUAAAUGAGAUUUGACUCUUGUGCCUUUUAAUCAGAUUUUACUUUCAUUUGCUUUUACGUUCAUGAAUGACCAGGUCGUUCUUUUUGGGGUUUUUUGUAAGUGGCUUGAGUAAGCUUGGAUUCUGCAGAAUAGCACACAACCCUUCUGCAUCAACAAACCUGAUGCAGCCUUUUGUUUGCACUGGAUAAAAAGCAACAAUUGCCUUUAUAUUAAUCUGUUUGUUUGUAGUUAAACAUUAUUGCAUGGACUCUGCUGGAGAUCAGAAUGUUCUGCCUGCAAGAGAAGCCCCGCGAGGGUAAAGCUAGAACUGUUACCUCAUAGAAACUAGUACAUAUCCCAAUGUAUUUUUGUUUCUGAUCUCCAUUGCGUCUGCAUUCGUGUUUGUAUCUUUCAAAUCAUGAUCUGAUUUAGCUGUCGCCAAAAUGACAAUGAACGAUGUCUUCACGCGGAAGAACUACUCCAGAAGAGUAGGAUCUGUGCUGAGAUGUUGGAGCUUCAGGUAUUUUCAUGUUGCAGGAGAUAGGGUACUAGUAACUUUAGCAAUUUUCUCUGUUAGUAACUAGCUGGAGAACCACAGCACUUUUAUUUCUUCCUCAGUGCCAAAUGAAGUCUUCCCAGACCAAAUGUCGUUCUGCCCCUUCAUAUGUUAAAGGAGGUAUUUAGAAAAGUGGUAUUUAAAAAAAAAAAAAAAAAAAUUAAAAUUGUAAAAACCAUUUCAACCCAUCCGACACUUCCAGGGGCAGACUGGCCAUAUACCCUACAGGGAAAUUUCCCAGUGGGCCAAUGCCCAGGGGGCUGCACCCUUCUUGUGGUUGCUGGCUAGGUACAUAAUGGUCUGAUGCUCACAGCAUUAAUAAAUGCUAAGAGCAUCAGGUACUUAUGCACCUGGCCAAGAACCUUACUGAGUUCAACUGUAUCACCAUCCUCAGUAUGGUGAUACAGCAUUUUAUACCGCACUGAGGUAUUUGGUUUUUCUGGGGCAGUAUUUUGUUCUACGCUAUUGUUUUGUUGGCCCGCCUUCAUCUGAUGUCCCUGCUUACUUGUGUCUUGUGUAGUCCUGUCAGUUUGGACUCGUCUACAACUUGGGGCCACUUUAAGUCAGCCCCUGGGUGCUUCCCUGGUACCUUUCAGCUUUUACUUCCUGGUGGCUCUCAACAUGUCAGAAAUACCUGCUCUACAACCAUCGACCAGAGUGGUGAGCAGCCUUCGCCAAUAAUUGGAUGAGCAGGUAUUUCCUGUAUCUCCUUAGGCACCAAGACGUGGGGAACCAGAGAGGCGUAUGAAUGGCAGUGUCAGGGGGAUCAGUGACUAUUUAGCUUUUUUUAUAUAUAU